AACCACAUCACUAGAACCUGAUCCUAAGCUGUUUGGUUUGGUUGAAGCUUCAUUGUUAUUAUUCUUUAUUGUUUAUGAGAAACUGGGUUAGACUAGGGGAGAGCUCCAUUUUUAUCUUUGCCACAGAAUGGAAACUUGUCUUCUGGAUCUCUCUGUAUCCCGGCAAUUCACAGGCUUUCCCAUGAUGUGGCUGUUUUUAACAACAACCUCUUUGAUUUGUGGAACUUUAAAUGCUGGUGAAUUGCUUAAUUUGGAAAAUGAAGCAAAUCCUGAAGUGUGGAUGAAUAUUAGUGAAAUCAUCACCUACAAUGGCUACCCCAGUGAAGAGUAUGAAGUCACCACUAAAGAUGGUUAUAUACUCAGCGUCAACAGAAUUCCCCAUGGGCAAAAAGAUGACAGGAGUACAGGUCCCCGGCCAGUUGUAUACAUGCAGCAUGCCCUAUUUGCAGACAAUGCUUCCUGGCUCGAGAAUUACGCCAAUGGCAGUCUUGGAUUCCUUCUAGCAGAUGCGGGUUAUGACGUGUGGAUGGGAAACAGUCGCGGGAACACUUGGUCAAGAAGACACAAAACACUCUCAGUGACUGAUGAGGAAUUCUGGGCCUUUAGUUUUGAUGAAAUGGCCAAAUAUGAUCUCCCAGGAAUAAUAGACUUCAUUGUAAGUAAAACUGGUCAGGAGAGGUUGUACUUCGUUGGACAUUCACUUGGCACCACGAUAGGGUUUGUAGCCUUUUCCACCAUGCCUGAACUGGCACAAAGAAUCAAAAUGAAUUUUGUCUUGAGUCCUGUGGUCUCAUUCAAAUAUCCCACGGGUAUUUUUACCAGUUUUUUUCUACUUCCAAAUUCCAUAAUCAAGAGUACAUUUGGUACCAAAGGUUUCUUUUUAGAAGAUAAGUCAACAAAAUUAUCUUCCAUCAAAUUAUGCAACAAUAAGAUACUCUGGGUGAUAUGUAGUGAAUUUAUGUCCUUAUGGGCUGGAUCCAACAAGAAAAACAUGAAUAUGAGUCGAAUGGAUGUGUACAUGUCACAUGCUCCCACUGGAUCAUCGAUACAGAACAUUCUGCAUAUAAAGCAGCUUUACCGAUCUGAUGAAUUCAGAGCUUAUGACUGGGGAAGUGAAGCCGAGAACAUGCUUCACUACAAUCAGAGCCAACCCCCACUGUAUGACUUGACUGCCAUGAAAGUACCCACUGCUGUGUGGGUUGGUGGACACGAUGUACUUGUAACACUCCGGGAUGUGGCCAGGGUCCUCCCCCAAAUCAGAAAUCUACGUUACUUUGACCUGUUGCCAGAGUGGAAUCAUUUUGAUUUCAUCUGGGGCCUGGACGCUGCACAACGGGUGUAUAGUAAAAUCAUAGAUUUGAUGAAGGCAUAUGCCUAAUGUAAGAUAUCUACUUGUCAGUAAAAAGUUGCUUCCAAGCUGAUAAGAGGUUUCAGGAAAAUAUCAAGGUCUGCAUCCUCCACUUAUUAUUGCUUCUUUAUCACAGCAUGCCAACUAGGAAUUAUUGCAAUUGUGCUGCUCUUUCUCUAAGAAAUGCCCACUUCUGAAAUCCUAGACUCCUUCCAUCUGUCAGUGCCAGAGUCUCUUUUUUCAUCCAGGAUGAUCUAGCAAACUAUUCUCUGCUAACA